CAGAUUGCUGAUUAAUCUUUAAAUAACUAAGAAAAAAAAAGAAAGAAAAAAUUAGCAUUGUGAAUGUGAAAAACGGAAAGGAAAAUUAGAGACAUUUAAUGUAACCAUAUCUUGUAUUACUUUAACAUUUCUUACUAUUAUACAUCUGCUUUAUAAGCUGGGAACUGUAAAUGACGUAAAGUGAAGGUAGAGAUACAGAGUGUUGAAACUAASCUAAAUGAUCUUACAAGUCUUGUAGAGUUACUGUGUUGAAUUAACAAUAAAAAAAGACAAAUAAAAGAUAGUGACAUUUAWAACAGUACUGGUCCCUCCUUAUGCAGAAAUAGUUUUGGACAAUUAAGCAUAUAAAGGUUUAAAAACAUUAUUCAGAACUAUUUUAUUUAAUUAUGUUUCAAUAGUGCAUCACGUUUUCUUUACAGCGAUGUUUUCUAUUUUUUGUACUUACUUGUACUUACACAAUCCCUGGUAUUUCAAUAAAUCAAAUGGGAAAUAGCUAAUUGUGGGUUUUGUUUAUUUUAACGUCAUGUACUCUAGUUUUAACUGGAAGGACUUCAGUGGGCUGCCACUAUCUUCCUCUUUCUGACUAAGUCCGUGUUUUCAGUCAUGUAGCGACAGAGCUCUCUGAAGGAACAAGGUGAAAGGAUCAGGGUUCAUCUGAACAGGUCCCAGUUUUAUGACAAAUACAACCACACCCGAAUCAUACAACUCCAUCUGAAACUACAAGGAAAACGGWUUUCUCUUCUCCACUCAAGUGCAGCUACAUUGAGGUCCCAUCUGACAUCACAAGAAAACCAACAAUGGCAACGUUCAAAACCUUUUGAAGUCUUUUUUUUCCAUGUCGUCUAGACAAAAUGGUCACUCUGACUUAUCAGCUUAGGCUGCUUGGACUUAUUCUGUGUGCAGUUCAACUCAUCAGCAGCUACAGCUUUAAAAGCUGCAUUGCAGAUCCGUACUAUAUCCUGACAAGUUUCAAAUGCCAAAAUCGAAACACGACAAAAAUAUCCGAUAUAGUAAAAGAUCUCCCAAGAUCCGCUGUCAAUCUCACAGUUUCUUUCAACCCUGUGCAGCACAUUCCYAACAACAGCUUUGCUCAUUUACCAAACUUACAGUAUCUCAGUUUGAAUAAAAACCAGCUGAGUGCUAUUGAUCCUUUGGCUUUUCAGACACUGCAUCAACUUAAGCAUCUAAAUUUGUCCUUUAACAAUUUGUCAGACCUCAGCCCUUUAAUGUUUGAGGACCUGCAUAACCUCACCUCCCUUUUGCUGACAAACAAUGUUUUAAAGRCAUUGCCUGAAGACAUUUUCUCCAAUGUUGCUAAUCUAAAAACSUUAAAUUUGAGGAAUAACAAUCUUACUAAUUUUUCUGCAGUUGUGAAGUCUGUAUCACAUCUAACAAAUCUAACGUUCUUAGAUCUUUCCUCCAACAACUUGACUUCACUCAGUGAUUUAAAUAUAUCUCUACCACAAUCCCUCAAGGUUUUAAACCUAUGUAAAAACAAUCUGCRUACUUUGGGAUGCAAUCCAYCACUCCUCAGAUACAUCCAGGUGCUUGAUCUGUCAUUUAAUUCAAAGCUUYCCACGAACGCUUUAGAAGGAGUGGAUUUGAGAAACGUAAAGAGGCUCCAGUUGCGGUCAACGAGUGUCAARGCAGUSGAGUUUUUAAACAUCAGCAACAUCAAUGCAGGUCAUGUUGUUUUCUCAGGGAUGGGUCUAAAGACUGACAGUCUACUUAUGGAUUUAUGCACAAUGCUGAGAAGAAAGCUGAGUUGGAUUAAAAAUAUAGAUUUAACACAUAAUCUCAUUCAUAAUACAGCAAAUUCUACCUUGUCUGURUGCCCUAAGAUCAUUGGWGCUUUGGAUUUAUCCAACAAUGAUCUGAAAAAAGUACACUGCUURGACUUUUUAGGCAAACAARUCGGUAUCAAGAAGUUUAAUGCCGAGCACAACCAUAUUACUUCACUCGAAAGCUGUACAGUGCCCCAUUUUAACAACUUAAAAGAACUGAGCUACCGUUACAAUCGCAUCCUCUCAGUCAGUGGAUAUGCUUUCCAUCACAUGCCAAAGAUUGAGAUACUAAAGCUAAACAUAAAUAAUAUUGCUUUUCUCCAUCGCAAAGCCCUAAGAGGGUUAAAAAAUCUUAAGACCCUCMGACUGGACAAUAACCUCCUGACUGAUUUGUUUAAUGACACAUUUAAAGAUAAUUACAACCUGCAAAUACUCAAUCUGCGCAAUAAUCGCAUUUCUGUCAUAUUUAAUGAGACUUUCAUGAACCUAAGAAAUCUAACUACAUUGGACCUUGGAGGUAAUAAGAUCACACAAAUACAUCCUUCUGGUCUUGAUGGGUUAAGAAGUCUUUCAAAAUUCUACCUAGAUGGAAACAACCUGAAACAAAUCGAUCCAUCACUCUACCGUGCAUUCCAAGACACGCUUACAGUGCUGGAUUUACAAAAAAAUUUCAUUCGUUUCUACAAAGAAAGUGUAAUUUCACCAUUUGUAAAACUCAGCAAACUCAGUGAUCUGAAACUGGACAGCCAGAGAAAUUAUGGCCUUGUUGUUUUACCUCAAAAAUUUUUCAAAGGACUCCAUUCGCUAGAAUCUUUGUACCUCACCAACAACAAAAUUGAUUUUCUUCCCCCUGAARCCUUUGAUGAUCUGACAAGCUUAAAGUUCCUCACACUGGAUAACUGUUGUGUUGGAGUGGCCCAAUUGAAACCAGGAGUCUUCAAGAAUCUCAGAAAUCUGACCAGGUUGGUUGUAGAAAAUAUGGGAAUUCAGAACUUCUCCAAGGAUGUAUUUGGGAAUCUUACAAAGCUACGCAUGCUUCAGCUAAAUCGUAAUGUGAUGCAGAGCAUUUCUGUAGAUGCUCUUGAGAGUUUACCUAAACUCCAUUACCUUGACAUGCGUAAUGUCCCUCUUAGCUGUACCUGCAAAAACAGCCUUCUGCAAAAUUACACAGUAAAUAACCCAAAUGUUCAGAUAGUCUAUCUCUACGAAAUGAAAUGUCAAGUGGAUAAAAAACAAAAAUUUCACAACUUUGAUACAAAGGUUUGCUAUAUUGAUCAAGGAAAGUAUCUGUUUUUCAGCACAGCAGUUGUGAUCUUUCUGUUUACAGUCUCUCCUUUACUUUAUGUCAAACUGUAUUGGAAAAUCAAGUACAGCUACUAUGUGUUCCGCUCCUGGUUUAGUAAUCACUGGAGGAGACUCAGGGAGAAGGAGGAAAAGUGCGCAUAUGAUGCUUUCAUCUCCUAUAAUUUCUCUGAUGAGGAGUGGGUCAUGAAUCAGUUGWUGCCCAACUUGGAGGGAAAUGGAUCGUCUUUUAAGCUCUGCCUGCAUCACAGGGACUUUGAGGUGGGUCGCUACAUUGUGGACAACAUCGUCACUGCAGUGUACAGCAGCAGAAAAACCAUUUGUGUCGUGAGCAAAAACUUCCUCCAGAGUGAGUGGUGCUCUCUGGAGAUCCAGCUCGCAAGUUACAGGCUCUUCGAUGAGCACCGAGACGUCCUUGUGCUUGUGUUUCUGGARCCAAUUUCCGAGAGGCAACUGUCAUCCUACCACCGCAUGAGGAAAGUAAUGUUGAAAAAGACCUAUCUUCAGUGGCCUGGCCCUGACUGCACUGAUCCCUCACAGGCCCAAGAGCUGUUCUGGAAUCAGCUACGYAGGGCAAUCAGAGCAGGCAACAGACUGGAAACCGAACAAAAUGACACAGAUGAAGACUUUGCUCGAGCCACCAAUGAAACAGGAAAUUAUGAGAAACUUAUCGGACGGUGAAAAUUAUUUGCAACCUUAAACAGGUGCCCUUUGUUUAUUGACACAAGUURUGUGAUGCAAUUGUAAAUGUAUAUAAAUWAUUUUUUAUGCAAACACCAAUAGUAGUUAGCAUGUUAUGACCAAUUUAUUUCUAUGUUCAUUUAUAUUCUUACAUAUUCUCAGAUGUUCUGUCAUACAGUUUUUUCCACAAAUGUACAUCUUGUUUGGCAGUCACAAUAAGUGAGAAACAACUUAGAAACAACUUUCAAAACAGCAUUUUCUAAACCAGAAAAAAACUCAAGCUUCUUAAAGAAUUGUACACUUUUGUGCAUGUAUUUGUAAUGUAGCACUCAGCAUAAU